AUGUCUUCUGUUGAUUUGAAUUUUCAGAGUGUUGACUCAUCUGUUGAUGAACCUGUGUCUUGCACACAUUUUAUUCAGUUUCCUGCAGCAAGCCCUCCGGAUGUCCUUAAGAAAAUUAUUGAAGCGCAAGGGUUGGUUAAUCACGGAGGUGGUGGUUACUUCAAAGAGACAGAUAGGUCUCCUCUCCAAUUCGGAAUUGGACCUGAAGGAUCCGUUGAAGCGAUCGAUAACAAUUCAAAUCCCAAUUCUGUAAGGAACAUAUCGACUAUGAUAUCUGUGAUGUAUACACCAGAUGCCCCUUUAGGCAAGUUUCUAAAACUUAAAAGCAGAAGCUUACAUAUUCUACAGCAAGGGAAAGGUCAAGUGGUUUUAAUAUAUCCAGAUGGACUAAUUAAAUCUUUCAAGAUAGGUCAUGACUACAAAAAAGGCGAGAUCAGUCAAUGGGUUGUCCCCAGUGGAGUAUUCAAGGCGUGUUAUUUACUCCCAAAUGAAGAGUACCACAAUGGUUUACUAAUCAGUGAGGUGGUAGUUCCUGGUUUCGAUUUCAACGACUGUGAGCUGCUGUCAGGUAAGGAUCAACUGACCGACUUGGUUGCUGAAGAGAAGGCUGAGGCGUUGAAAUUCCUACUUUAG